AUGGUGACGCCGCUUCGGUGGCUCGGCUUAGGUCCAACUUCAAGAGACACGAAAUGUGGGGUCUCUAUUUUGGCAGGGGUAGUCCCCGUUGAUAAGACUGGAGCGUUGAAAACAGACGGUAAGACCUGUUACCAGCAUAAGCAGCAGCUGACAGGGGAGGUCCAGGCUACCAGUCAUACCAUCGCAAACUCGGGUCACGACGACAUGAUUCAUGAUGCUGUUCUCGACUACUACGGGCGCCGGCUCGCAACCUGUUCCAGCGAUCGUACAAUCAAGAUCUUUGAGCUCGAGGGCGAAACUCAACGUCUCGUUGAAACGCUUAAGGGACACGAGGGAGCAGUAUGGUGCGUCGCAUGGGCGCAUCCCAAGUACGGCAACAUUCUAGCAUCGGCAGGAUAUGAUGGCAAGGUGCUCGUAUGGAGGGAACAGGCGGGUUGGCAGAAGAUAUUCGAUUUUGCCUUGCACAAGGCGUCGGUGAACAUUGUAUCCUGGUCACCACACGAGUCGGGCUGCCUGCUGGCAUGCGCCUCGUCCGAUGGCAAUGUCAGUGUUCUCGAGUUCAGAGACAACAAUUACGACCAUAUCACCUUUCAGGCACAUGGGCUUGGCGUCAACUCUGUCUCGUGGGCCCCAGCUACGGCACCGGGGAGCAUUGUGGGCAGUUCUCCCGGACCCGGGUCGACGGGCGCUCGACGAUUUGCCACUGGAGGUUGCGACAACCUCGUCAAGAUUUGGUCCUUCGACUCGACAUCCCAGGCAUACAAGCCGGAGGGCGAUGCUCUGCAGGGCCACACGGACUGGGUGCGCGACGUUGCCUGGUCUCCGACUGUGCUCCAAAAGUCAUACAUUGCAUCAGCUUCGCAGGAUAAAACAGUCCGUAUCUGGACGUCCGACUCCUCUGCCCAAGGCCAGUGGGCCUGUAAAGUUCUCAGCUUCGACUCAGCUGUGUGGCGAGUGAGCUGGUCGCUGAGUGGAAAUGUCUUGGCAGUGAGCGGAGGCGAUAACAAGGUGACCCUUUGGAAGGAGAAUCUGAGGGGCGAGUGGGAAUGCGUGAAGAGCAUUGAAGAGUAG